AUGUCACGGAGAUACGAUUCCAGAACUACCAUCUUUUCCCCCGAAGGUCGACUCUACCAGGUUGAAUAUGCGUUAGAAGCCAUCUCGCAUGCCGGUACCGCCCUAGGAAUUCUGGCCAAAGAUGGAAUCGUCCUCGCAGCGGAGAAGAAGGUCACCAGCAAGCUACUGGAGCAGGACACAUCUGCGGAGAAGCUAUACACGCUGAACGACAACAUGAUCUGUGCUGUUGCUGGUAUGACGGCAGACGCAAACAUCCUUAUCAACUAUGCCCGACAAGCUGCCCAGCGGUAUCUUCUUACCUACAACGAAGAAAUUCCUUGCGAGCAACUUGUCCGUCGUCUGUGCGACUUGAAGCAAGGAUACACCCAGCAUGGUGGUCUCCGUCCCUUCGGUGUUUCGUUCAUCUAUGCCGGCUACGACCCUCUCCGGGAGUUCCAACUGUACCAGAGCAACCCCAGCGGUAACUACGGUGGCUGGAAAGCAACUAGCGUGGGAGCAAACAAUGCUAGUGCUCAGAGUCUUCUGAAGCAAGAUUACAAGGAGGACUGCGAUCUGAAGGAAGCUUGCGCUAUGGCCGUUAAGGUUCUUAGCAAGACGAUGGACUCGACCAAGCUGAGCAGUGAGAAGAUUGAAUUUGCUACGGUGGGAAGGACGCCGGAAGGCAAGAUCUACCACCACCUGUGGAAUGCUGAUGAGAUCAACGCCCUUCUGAAAGAACACGGGCUGGCCAAGGUUGAUGACGAGCCCGAGGCUGGCGAGAUUAAAUAAAUGAGAAGACGACCCCAUUUUGCUACUUGACCAGAUAAUCCCACAUGUUUCCUGUGAAAUAAUCGCGCACUUUUCUGCCCAACGUUUACGAUGUAGAUUCUCUACAGUCUCGUAUAUGUACACUCGUAUGACAGGUCGCUCCAAAUCACUCACGGCACGGGUGAGGCCUAUAGCUGCAUCUGAAGCGCAACUGACGUCGGCCACGGGUGACGUGGCAAGCCUUGAUGUCGAAUUAAGCAUCGGGCAAUUCAUUGCAGGUCUACACUCGCGUCUGUCGACCGGAAAUGCCCAAAGCCAUCACUGAUCUUGGGACAUGAAUGGUCCACGUAGUCUUCAAGCCCUCCAGCACCCUGGGCGCUUGAACAAAUGCUGAAUGUUUCGGAACUUUAAUGAGAUCGUGAGGCCCCAUAUAUAUCAGAAUCCCCAGAAUCCAAGCUGGUAUCUCGUUUGU